AAACAAAAAAUUAAUAAACCCUUACAUGUAAAAAAACAUAAUAUUUUUCUGUAUUUUAUUCAUCCUCAAUCUUCUACAUCCUGUGCUUCCAUUCCAUCUCAUGGCUAAGCCGAAGGCUCCAAGACGAACCCUAGAGUCAUACUCAGUCAAACACAUAAGCAAAACCAUUAGAGCUGCUGAUUGCGUGCUCAUGCGACCGUCGGAUCCGGCUAAACCCUCAUAUGUGGCCAGGAUCGAAAGGAUCGAGGCGGAUGCGCGUGGCGCAAAUGUGAAAAUUCAUGUUCGCUGGUACUACAGGCCAGAGGAGUCAAUUGGGGGUCGCCGCCAGUUUCAUGGCUCAAAGGAGGUUUUUCUCUCUGAUCACUUUGAUGUUCAGAGCACCGACACAAUCGAAGGCAAGUGUACCGUCCACAGCUUCAAGAGCUACACAAAACUGGAUGCGGUUGGUAACGAUGAUUUCUUCUGUCGGUUUGAGUACAAUUCCUCCACAGGUGCCUUCAAUCCUGAUAGAGUUGCAGUGUAUUGUAAAUGUGAGAUGCCUUACAAUCCUGAUGACCUAAUGGUCCAAUGUGAGGGCUGCAGUGACUGGUUCCAUCCUGCUUGCAUAGACAUGACUGUUGAAGAAGCCAAAAGACUUGACCACUUCUUUUGUGAAAGCUGCUCUGCCGAAGGUCAAAAAAAGUUGCAGAACUCUCAUUCCGCUUCUAGACUCUCGGAUACAAAGGUGGACACUAAACGCCGUCGUAGGCAAUAGUGUGAUAGUAUAUAAAGCAUGAUAAAAUGAGUUAGAUAUGUAAUGAAUGUACUGGAGAACUUGCAUUCCUAAUCCUGGGUAGGGGCCGGACAAAGACGGAGACAAAGUUAUGUUGUUCUAUGUUGUAGUCGUUCACUUUCACAUGGAAAGAGACUAGUUUGGAAACUUGUCAUGUGUAUUUGGUUGAAGGACAAAUGCAGUUUCCUUUGAAGUGGAGGACGUGUUUAUGUAAUUAUAUAGUGUAGAUUCUGUCUCUUCUUUUCUGGUCCUUGUUCUGAGUCGGAUGAACUUUUGUAAAGUAUUUUACUUAUUUAUGAGAGCAGUGUAGACACUCAA